ACUCAUUUUCCCCGACCAAUAAAAGAUUCCCCCCAAAUUCUCCAAAUAAAACCCUAAUUUCAUGUUUCCCAGAACUUAGGCAGCGCUACCUUCUUCAGUUACCCCGAGAACCUUGGGCGGUGAUGGGCCGAAAUUCCGCCGCCGCCUCCGCUUCCGCUUUCCAUGAGAUUCAAACCGUUUUGCUCUGAUUCUCUAUUCACGAAGCUUCAACUCAAUCCACGUCCAAACCGUAACUUGGGAUCGUUGCAUUUCCUAUUCUACCCAUUCAUGGCUACCCAAACCCAACCCAUCUGCUCGCAAAUUCUAACCCCUAACGGAGACGAAAACAACGACGAUGUUCUCUGCACUUCUGAAACUAUCACUUCGCCGUCCGAGCCGGAAGCCACCCCUUUGGCCCUUCCAAAUGGGUACCUGACAGGGGAGGCCCGGGUGGAAAGGGCCUGGGCAUAUUGGAACAAGCUGGGCCGGCCCAAAUUCAUCGUCGCUCCCAUGGUGGAUAACUCCGAGCUCCCCUUUCGGUUGCUCUGCCGUAAGUAUGGUGCCCAAGCCGCUUACACACCUAUGCUCCAUUCCAGAAUUUUCACGGAAAAUGAAAAAUAUCGUUCCCAAGAGUUCACUACCUGUAAGGAAGAUAGGCCGCUUUUUGUGCAAUUUUGUGCAAAUGAUCCAGAUGUUCUGCUGGAUGCAGCACGGAGAGUGGAGCCAUAUUGCGACUAUGUUGACAUUAAUUUUGGGUGUCCCCAGCGCAUUGCUAGACGAGGCAAUUAUGGAGCUUUCCUCAUGGAUAAUCUCCCUCUUGUCAAGUCGCUGGUAGAAAAAUUGGCUAAAAAUCUUAUGGUUCCUGUCUCGUGCAAAAUUCGGAUCUUCCCAGAUUUGCAGGAUACAAUUAAUUAUGCCAAAAUGUUGGAGGAGGCUGGCUGUGCUCUUCUAGCUGUACAUGGAAGAAGAAGAGAUGAAAAAGAUGGGAAGAAAUUUCGGGCUAACUGGAAAGUAAUCAAGGCAGUUAGAGAUGCAGUGAGAAUUCCUGUCCUUGCUAAUGGUAAUAUACGGCACAUAGAAGAUGCCUGGCAAUGUUUGGAAGAGACUGGUACAGAAGGUGUUCUUUCAGCUGAGUCUCUUCUUGAGAAUCCUGCACUGUUUGCUGGAUAUCGAACUGCAGAAUGGGCAUUGGAUCAUGAAGAAACCUGUAAAGAUGGAAAACUGGAUCAGGCUGAGUUGCUGGUGGAAUAUUUGAAGUUCUGUGAGAGGUAUCCGGUGCCUUGGAGAAUGAUCCGUUCUCAUGUGCACAAGUUAUUGGGAGACUGGUUCCGCGUCCAUCCAAAUGUAAGGGAUGAUCUUAAUGCACAAUCCAAGCUUACAUUUGAAUUUCUUUAUGGUAUUGUCGAUCAACUUAGAGAACUUGGUUUAAGAAUUCCUCUUAGUGUAAAGGAAACUAAUCACGAAAAGUUAUCUGCCAAUGGAACUUCAGCCUGAAGUUGUGCUCAUGAUUGGAGUGCAUAAGUUGUAGGAGCCUUAUGGUGAUUGGUGAAAGCAGAAGGAUGUAUAAACUAAUUGGUUGUGGUAUGAUUCCUUGUGCUGCAAACUAUGUCAGGAUUCAACUAUAUAUUGUUUGGUGCUUUAAUCAGUGGUAUUAUGAGAUAUAAGAGAACAGCUGUUGUGCUAUACCACUCUACGCCUCACUUUCAUUCUACUUGUAGAUCUCCCCAUGAAUUUAUCAAAUGGUGAGAUGCUUCAAGCGCUAACAUGUUUGUCAAGUCCCAGUAUUUUUUUGGCUUAUUUACUGUAUACUUGUAUUCCUGCUAAGUACUGAUACAAUCUGUUGUUGAUGAAGUGGUAACGAAACUGUUUUACUUUUUUUUGUGAUACAAACAGUUUUUCUAGCUCUGCUUCUUUGUGAUACCACUUGAUAAUAAUAUGUUCUUUGAGAAA